AUGGCGGCAGAUAAUUCAAAGGAUGAAGAUUCUUUCGAAGAUAAUCAUUCUAGUAAUGAUAACAACAACAAUGAUUUAAAUUAUUAUAUUGAAAAUAUUAGUAAAUCUUUAAGGAUCGAUUCAACCGAUGGAUUAUCACAAGAUGUAAGAUUGCAAAUUGCAAUCAAAUUAUUAAAUGAAGCUUUAAAAAUUUAUCCCAAUACUUUUGACUUGAAGUUUUUAGCACAUAAAAUAUCAGUAAGAAAAAGUGAAAUGACUCAAGCUAUGGAGCAGCUUAAUGAAUUACGCGUGCUUUACCCAAACAAUCAAAUCCUGAGGGAUUACCUUGUACAAAUAACUCACUCAGUAAGAAACCAACUUAUUGACGAUAAUUUUAGUUUUUUCUUAAAAAUCCCUGCCAAAACUCAAAUUGAAAUUUUAGUUCAUGCUGCAGUUUAUUAUGAAAACAUCUCCGAGACGCUUGACGCAUGUAGAUUAUAUAUUUUAAUUUUGAAAGUUUACCCGGAUACUGUGAAUCUAUAUGGAACACAUGCUGCAGAACUUGCAAUUCAAUGUGAAAAUGAACAUUCGCCAUUACCUGUAAUCAACCCUUUUCGACAAAUAUUAGUUGAAGAAAUUUUAUCAGUAAUUUUGCAUCAAAAAAUUAUCAUACACAAAAACACUCUGCCCUCAGAGUUACAAUACCCAAAUCAAUCAUCAAGCACGCCUAAUCUAUACUCUAUUUCACAACAACCUUCAUCAAGUUUACAAACCACUUAUGAUAACUUAAAAACUUGGCUUGAACGUGCUCAAAGCUAUUAUAUUGCAAGUAAAAAAUGGCGAAAAUUGUUUGAAGUUUCUUUGGGUGUAAUGAAUAGUUGUGGUUAUAUAAGAUUUGAAAGUUCUCCCCAGAUUACGAUAAUAGAUCUGUUUGAAGAACAACUUAAACUACCUGAGAAACUGUUUAAAUUACUUAACGAGAAACAAUAUUCUGUUUAUAACAAUAAAGGAUUUAUAGAAGGUGUAAGGACUACCUUUCCUUUUGCAAUAUCAAUUGGAAUAGCAUGUUUUGUAUAUUGCUGUCAUCAAUUCUAUGAAUUGGUAGCUGGUUCCAAAGCCAUCACGACUAAUGAUGGUACAGGUAAAAGAGAUUGUUUAAUACCAAUAUAUCCUAUUACUAUGAUACAAUCUUCUUCUACGUCAUCAUCUUUAUGUGUUCACAAUCCACCUAUAAAUGAAAUGAGCACUAAUAUAAUGAAUGUUAAGAACUUGUUGAUUAAUGAUGAUGAUUAUAAUAAUAAAACUGAUAGGAGCAAAUCUCUAUCGAAAAAUUGUCAAACCAAAAAUGAUGAAAUUUCAAUGAAAUCAGACAAAUUAAAAGAUACUACUGAUCGUGAUAGAGAAUCAUUAUCAUCACUAAAUGAUGAAGCCAUGUUAUUAUUAAAACGUUCUUUGGAUUGUUGGGAAUUGUUAAAGCAGUUGAUCACAAAUGGAGACGUCUCAAAAAGCAAAACAGUAGAUCACGAGAUAGAUCUAUUUACCAGAUCUUGGUGUUUGCCUUUAGAUGUUGUAAAUGCUUUGAUGUUAACUCGUGCUGAUAUUGCCCUUUUGUUAGGAAACUUGGACACUGCAUAUAGGAUUUAUCGUGAUAUGUGUGGUCAAUUUUCUGGUGCUUGGGAUGCUCAUCGUAAUCGAAAAUUAAAUAAAAAAGGACUUACUACCGUUACCACUAUCAUUGACACAACUUUUGUUAAAGAUUCACCGGAACUUUCUAUUGUAAAUGCUGACGAUGAAAUCAAAAUUCAAACACCUUUAAUGCUUCCAUUUCGUGUUCUUUAUACAAUAGCAAUCUUAUAUUUGUUAGUAGGAUCAUAUCAUGAAGCUAAAAUGGAACUACAGAUAAUAUUAGCUACCAUCCCUUUCACCCCUGUUACACAUGAACAUUUCGAAAAGGAUAUGUCAGAAGAUGGAUUAGUUGUUCGUGCUAUUAAAGAAUUAAUGGACUGUUACAAGAAGGAAUUAAAUUCAUCUUCACAGAGCCUAAACGAUGAUUAUAAUACAUUAGGAAAUAUGAUCGUAUUGAUGCAACAUGGUUGGCCUUAUUGGCGUGAUCGCCUUUUUAGGCCAGUUGUUUUACAAAAAAUUAAAGAACUUAAUGGAUUAAAAUAUCCGGAUUUAUUAGGUUUUGUUAGCAAGAAUCCAAAUAUCUAUUAUUGUCUAAUAUCAUCGUCACCGUCUUCUUCAUCGAAUAAUAAUGAAAACAAUGAAGCAACCAGAUCAAUUAAAGCAUUAGAAGAAAAGAUUAAGAAUGAUUCAAUAUAUUCUUAUUACAAUAUUAUUGAUGAUAAUAAUAAUAAUUCACUAAUGGAAUUUUGUAAAGCAAAAUUAGUUGAAGCAAAAAAAAAGUCGGAAAAAUCUUCCUCUCCUUGUGUUGUUAAAAUUGAAAGAAGAAAUGAAAGAAGUAAAAUUAGUGAUUACAAUAAUACAUUGAGUCACUUAACACCACCAAAAUUCUUUUAUGAU